AUGUACUGGAAAAAUGAACAAAUGCUGACUUGUCCUACUGUGGAAGACUGUGGGGAUGGUUUCAAAUUAAUCUCCAAAAAUGCAGGAACAACACAGGAUCAAUUUGAAGAAGUUUCGUGCUCACCCUCGUCCACUUUGUCACCAUCUUCGCCACAUGCAAUGAACGCAGAAAAAGCCAUUUGUACAAGCUGUGGAACUGAGAUCGUGGACAAAUACCUGCUAAAGGUAAAUGACUUGUGUUGGCACGUGAGAUGUCUUUCGUGCAGCGUCUGCCAGACUUCACUGGGAAGACACGUCAGUUGCUACAUCAAAGAGAAAGAAAUUUUUUGUAAACUCGACUAUUUCAGGAAAUAUGGAACACGGUGUGCGCAUUGUGGAAGGAAUAUCCAUUCAAAUGACUGGGUGCGCCGAGCAAAGGGGAACACCUACCACCUUGCUUGCUUUGCCUGUUUCUCUUGUAAGCGGCAGCUGUCUACAGGGGAAGAAUUUGCCCUGGUAGAUGAUAGGGUGCUGUGCCGUGUGCAUUAUGACUGCAUGCUGGACAACCUGAAACGGGCCAUGGAAAACGGGAAAGGAGUGAAUGUAGAGGGAGCAGUGCCCUCAGAGCAGGAGGUAAACCAGCCUAAGCCGGCCAAGAGGGCUCGCACAAGCUUUACUGCAGACCAACUACAGGUAAUGCAAGCCCAAUUUGCUCAGGAUAACAACCCCGAUGCUCAGACCUUGCAGAAACUGGCAGAGAGGACUGGAUUGAGCCGCAGGGUAAUUCAGGUUUGGUUCCAGAACUGUCGAGCCCGUCACAAGAAGCACGUUAGCCCUAACCACUCUUCCUCGGCACCAGUGUCAACCCUGCAGCCUGCCAGACUCUCCCCUCCACAAAUGGAGGAGCUCCAGUACACCGCUUUUGCACCCGUGGAUACACCCAUGCUCACUGCUCUGCACUCUUACAUAGACGGUGAGUUUUUUGCAGUACACUCUCCGACAUCACUAGUUUUCCAGCCUCUACCGCCCCAUUCAAUGACACAGCUGCCAAUCAGCCACGCCUGA